GGAGUUCUUGCCCGCUGCGCGCUCCUCUCCAGAGCGGCUCUGGGUUCGAGAGCUGCCGCCAAACCAGCCGGUGCCUGCUGCCGCUCGCCUCUCGCGGACUAGCCGAUCGCAGCGCCUGCUUGCUCCCCGGGGCUCGCCGGACCCGUUUCCCUUCUGCCCUCUCGGUUUAUGGUCAGACCAUCGAGGGCCAGCCCGGGGCAGUGCCAUGGCGUUCGCCAAUUUCCGUCGCAUCCUGCGCCUCUCUGCCUUCGAGAAGCGCCGAUCCAAGGAGUAUGAGCACGUUUGCCGGGACCUGGACCCCAACGAGGUGUGGGAGAUCGUCGGAGAACUGGGCGACGGCGCCUUCGGCAAAGUGUACAAGGCCAAAAACAGAGAGACGGGUGCCUUAGCUGCUGCCAAAGUCAUUGAGACCAAGAGUGAAGAUGAGCUGGAGGACUACACGGUGGAGAUUGAGAUCCUCGCGACUUGUGACCACCCUUACAUUGUAAAGCUGCUAGGAGCCUUUUAUCAUGACAGCAAACUAUGGAUCAUGAUUGAGUUUUGCCCUGGUGGAGCAGUGGAUGCUACUAUGCUGGAACUGGAUCGAGGCUUGACCGAACCCCAGAUCCAAGUGAUCUGCCGCCAGAUGCUAGAAGCCCUAGAUUAUCUCCACAGCAAGAAGAUAAUCCAUCGGGACCUGAAGGCAGGCAACGUGCUGCUGACCCUGGAUGGAGACAUCAAGCUUGCGGAUUUCGGAGUAUCUGCCAAAAACAUGAAGACUUUGCAAAGACGGGAUUCCUUCAUCGGGACACCGUACUGGAUGGCUCCUGAAGUGGUGAUGUGCGAGACCAUGAAAGACACCCCCUACGACUACAAGGCUGACAUCUGGUCCUUGGGCAUAACUCUGAUAGAAAUGGCCCAGAUAGAGCCUCCUCAUCAUGAACUCAAUCCCAUGAGGGUUUUGCUGAAAAUAGCAAAAUCUGAUCCUCCCACUCUUAACUAUCCCUCAAAGUGGUCUCCAGAAUUUAAUGACUUCCUGAAGACUGCACUUGAUAAGAACCCCGAGACACGUCCGACUGCAGCACAAUUGCUGGAGCAUCCUUUCGUCAGCAAGGUCACUACCAACAGAGCCCUACGUGAGCUUGUGGCCGAGGCAAAGGCUGAAGUGAUGGAGGAAAUUGAAGACAAUAGAGAGGAAGGAGAAGAGGAUGAAUCACCAGAAUGUGCAUCUCCCCUUGAUGCUAACAAGAGGGACUCUUCUGUGCCAAGCCAGCUAAGUUUGCAAAAAGAGAAGUCUCCAGAAAACGGCUUGUCACUUGUGGCCAAUGGACCCAAGUUGCCUCUACAGCAAGUCACUGAAGCCAUAAAUGGGCAGGGCAACAAGGUUUCAAAGGAAGUGGCUAGCGACGAAAAGCCAGGCAAAGCCAACAGCAGUACAAACUUGUCUAGAAUUGAGGAUUACACAGAUGAAGCCAGUUCCAGAGAAAAGCCAGACACCAGCCCCCAGUUGCUGCAACUCAACAAGAACGUUAAGCCAGCAGAGAACAGGAGUCUUGUCUACCAAAAUAAGGACACUGAACCAGUAAGCAAAGAUGAUUCCAAUGUGGGAAGCCAGCCAGAGAGCAGCCUCCUUGAGACGCCGGUUGAAGAAAAGCUUCCCAAUGGGAGUUUGAGUUCUUCUUCUCAGUUUGAGGAUGGCAGCUCAAAGCAGGACUCUGAUUCAGGUAGCACCUCUGCCUCAGAGAGCAUGGACCUCAGUAUCUCCUUGUCUACCGACCUGUCCCUGAAUAGAGGCAGUGGGUCCCUCUCUCUUAAGGAUGCAAAAAUGCAGAAGAUGACACUGAAACGGACCAGGAGAUUUGUUGUGGAUGGAGUAGAAGUGAGCGUCACUACCUCAAAAAUCAUCAGUGAGGAUGAGAAGAAAGAUGAAGAGAUGAGAUUCCUCAGGCGCCAGGAGCUGCGGGAGCUGCGUCUGCUUCAGAAAGAGGAGCACCGGAACCAGACCCAGCUGACCAGCAAGCAUCACCUGCAGUUGGAGCAAAUGCUCAAGCGCUUUGAGCAGGAAAUGCACACAAAGAAGAAAUUCUAUGACACCGAACUGGAAAAUCUGGAACGUCAGCAGAAGCAGCAAAUUGAAAAGAUGGAGCAGGACCACACGCUGCGCCGCCGUGAAGAGUCCAAGCGUAUCCGUGCUGAGCAGGAACGAGACCUUGUUAAAUUUCAGGAGCAGCUGAAGCAAAGGAAGAAGGAGCUCAAGAGUGACGUUGAGAAGCUUCCACGGCAACAACGCAAGGGGACCAUGAAAACAAAGAUGGAGGAGUUUGCACAGAGAAAGCAAGUCAUGGAGCAAGAGUUUGAAGCCAAACAGGCUGAUGAUCUGGAACAGGCCAUGAAGAAUAUCACCACCCAAAAUCGGAAGGAGAUCUGUGACAAGGAGCGAGAGUGCCUCAACAAAAAACAACAGCUUAUGAGAGAUCGGGAAGCUACAAUCUGGGAUCUGGAAGAGCACCACCUACAGGAGAAACACCAGCUUAUUAAGCAACAGCUGAAAGACCAGUAUUUCCUCCAGAGGCAUGAACUGGUCCGGAAACACGAGAAGGAGCGUGAGCAAAUGCAACGGUAUAACCAGCGAAUGAUGGAGCAGCUGAAAAUUCGGCAGCAGCAAGAGAAAGGCCGUCUCCCCAAAAUUCAGAGGAGCGAAGGAAAGACCCGCAUGGCCAUGUAUAAGAAGAGCCUCCAUAUCAGCUCCAGUGGAAGCGCCUCAGAACAGAGGGAGAAGAUAAAACAGUUUGCACAGCAGGAGGAAAAAAGGCAGAAAGCUGAGCGACUGCAGCAGCAGCAGAAACAUGAGAUGCAGACGAAGGAUAUGAGUGCCCAGUGUGAGAGCAACAUGAAUGAACUCCAACAGUUACAGAAUGAGAAGUGCCAUCUCUUGGUUGAACAUGAGACCCAGAAACUGAAAGCUCUGGAUGAAAACCACAAUCAGAACUUGAAGGACUGGCGGGAUAAGCUGAGGCCACGAAAAAAGGCUUUGGAAGAUGAACUGAAUCAGAAGAAGCGAGAGCAAGAAAUGUUCUUCAAACUCAGUGAUGAGACCGAUGGUCAGCCUUCAAGGUCGCCAAACAAGCCUGCCAAAUUUGUCCCAUUCAGUUCUGCAGAGGCUUCAUAACCCUUGGAUUUAGUGGACAGAAAGGCAAUUCCUGCCUUUGUCCACAGAGAAGUUGACCCAAAGGACUGUCAGGGCUCCCUUUUCUCCUGCGCCAACUCUGAUUUCCUCUUGUGUCUGAGACAAUCAAUGUGGCCUGAGGUCUGUUCCCCUAGAGAUGAGACAGCUUCCCAUUCAUGUGGCCCUGGCUGGUGCUGACCAGUUGCACUUGGAGAGUUGUGGAUGAGCUUCAGAGAGUAGAGCUAAUGGAGUCGUGUGCAGAGUUCACACUGCUUUCUGAUCCCAUUGCCCAGACCUUGGGCAGUUUUAUCUCUUAAUCAUUUGUUGAAGGGAUGAAUGUUGGUGACCUAAAAGAUUGUUGAUGGCUUGCCUGUUUAAUUUUCUAACUAGUUCUCCUGUUAGGCCCAACUUGCUAUGUCUGUCAGUGGAUCUCAAUUAACCUUUUAGUCUUUAUGGCUGAACCAUUUACUGCCUUGAAGCACUGGGAGUUCAGCUUCACAACUUACAAAAGACAAUCAGAAAUUAUCAGCUUUUAUUGUGGCCUCCAUCUUUGUCACUUAAACAAAGGGCUCCUCCUCCUCUCCUUCUGGGGCCUAGAAUCUAGGCCUUCCCAUUGAAACUCCUCAAUUCCUCAGCUUGUUUUGCAGUGACCCAGCACACCAACCUGGUAAUGUGUGACGCACAGCCUGAAACAUACAAGUCGAGUGUUCAAAUCAAAUCAGUCCUGAGUCAAAGGCUGACCAAAAAAAGGCAAUGAGAAGCUUAUGAUCCAACUUAAGUGCAAUUCAACAGUAGUGAAGGCUGCAUGUACAUGGGCAGCUGUGGAAAUUGCUGCCCAGUUUUGGGAUGUUAAACUUUGCACACCUGCCCCAAUUAAUAAGCUGUGCAGAGGCCCACACAGUUCAGAUCCUAAAAUGGUGGGUAGCAUAAAGGUCUGGUCUUUGCUCUUCACUUUCCCCUCUUCCGUUGUGAGGCAAUGGGUUUCUUUUCCCUGUGUUCAUCAAUAGGGAGUUCUGUCUCUCCUGUUUCCAUUUCUUUCCCCAGCUCAGUUGGUCCAGAAGGCAAAGCUUGUGCUCAGGUUAUGGCAAGAGCUAAUGACUGCUCUUUCCAAUAUAUUAAAUAUAAGAAAAGUGCAAAUGCCUUGUAGCAGCAAAUUUACAACUGGCCUAAGGUUAAAGGCAUCUUGUUUUGCAUCAUCUCAUGUGAGUUUCAUAGCACAUCAAUUGCUAGCUUUUCAUUUUUGGUUUUUAAGGUCUACUACUGUAUAAACUAUUGGGUGUGCUGUGAUUUGAGAACAUGAUGUUGGCAUAAACCAGCAUUUUGGCCAUUGUGUGUCCCUUUGCUGCUACUUUUGAGUUUGUAGCAAGCCAGAAUGAUCCAAGUAAGAGGAGGCCCAUAUAGCAGAAUAGAAUGUGAUGCAUUUGAAAUGCUGAAGAUAAUCAGCAUGUCAUUAUCUUUAAGUCUUCCAAAGGCUGUUUUUAAACCAAAGAUGCGUUAUUUUCCCCUCACACCUUGCCCACUCGCCAAUUCACUAUUAAAAUAAAUAUUUCAGGAA